UGAUGUUCAUUUAAAAAUUAAGACAAUUUAUAGCAUUAUUUUUGCACAGUACACGUGUACCUAAUUAAGUGUUCCGCUAUUUUUUUGAAGCAUGUGCAAGCUAACUUGCCCUGCUAGCCAGCCAAUUUUCUGUCUCAAGGUAUUUAGACAUUAUACCAUAUAUGUUCAGUUCAAGGUUUGGGGUUUAAUAACAGAGGUGUUCUUUCAUUACAAUCCCUGUAUGUGGUCUUUGAAACCCCUAUAUCAGUGUACAGAGUUUGUUCUUUAGAACUUGGGACGCUGCCCUGCAUUAGUGAAAAAAUGUGGAUAUUUUUUUUUAAAAUAUUUAUUUAUAUUAUUGACGUAACCUUUGUGUUGGCAGUUGAGUAUGUGGGCCAGUUGUGGUGGGCCAGUGCAGUUCAAAGUCCAGGGCCAUUUUACACUCACAGUCUGUCAAUGUGGAGCAACAUUUUUAAGCUGAGUUGUACAUUCACAUGUGGGCGAUAUCCUUAAAUGUUUAAUGCAUUUUGCUGCCUGAUAAAGUGCACCACUGUCAGGUUUGACAAAAUAUAUGUUUUGUUGUCAUCUUGGUUCCUUUUCAAUAAUGUCUUCAGUAUUUUGUUGAUUGUUGUCAGAUUCUGUAGCACUGAAAACCUUAGCCUUGCUGUUAGAAAAGACUAAAUUGAUCACUUCCAGUUAACUGCCAGAGUUUGUAUGGGUUGUGUGUUAGGGGCUGGCUUCCAGCGUUUCACAAACAUUCCCUUGCGUUGGCAAAUAUAAAAUCCAGGAGCUUCACAGCCAUUUUGCUGCAAUGUCAUUUGUUUUGUGUUCUUUAGUUUUUCCAUAUAAGAUAGGAACUCUUGAAAUUUCAACAUGGCUCUGGUAUUAAUACUUUUGAUUUGUAUUUUGACGCUGGCAAACAGUUUCAACACACAGCAUUCUAUUGAACCUCAACCAAACUUUGAUCUGGAGAAAUUUGCAGGUGAAUGGUACCGUGUUGGACUUGCAGAUGAGUCGCCCAUGUUUGCAAUGUUCAAAAGCAAAGUAAAGGUUUCUAAAGGUUUUGUGGUACCAAAUCUUCAUGGAAAUGUGAAUCUGACCAUGUGGACAAUGAGACCAUUUGGAUGUGCAAUUAGUGUUUAUUCAUAUGAGAAGACAGAUGUUCCAGGAGAGUUCACUUACUUCAGCAAAAGGCACAAAAUAGUCAAAGACAUCACAGUGGUGGAGACCAAUUACACAGAUUAUAGUUUGGUCCUUAAAUAUAAGAACAUGGACAAAGAGUAUACUCAGUUAGCUCUUUAUGUACGGUCAGCAACACCAAGACCAGAGAUAGUUGAGAAAUUCAGAUCUUAUGCUUUGUCAAUGGGCUUUUCUGAGGAGGCUAUCGUCUCCCCAACAGAUGUUGAUCCUUGUCCUAUUCUAGAGCCAAGCCAGCUGUGGAGUGAAACCUUUGGUUACAUAUAUUCAGUUUUGUUACACAUUUGGGGAACAGUGUUUGUUUUAACGAAAACAAUCAUUGGAGAAAUGAAGCAACAGAACAUUGGCAAUGUAACACAGUUUGUGCUGCAGUCUUAAAAUCACCAGAUGGCGCUGUUGUAACAGGACAUAAUCAACCAGCAACCACAUGUUACCUCUGGAUUUCAUGUAUUUCUUCUACUGACACAAUUAUUUUUAGAGCUGGACAGUGCUAAUAAUAAUGGACAUGUAUUACUGUGGUUGUGUUGUUUACAGAUCAUUUGUCGAAUAAUUGUGAUAAUUCUACUGUAUUGUAGGAUGUAUAGUGACUGUCGAUUGCUUUUGCAAUACAAAGACCCAGAUACUUUUUUUAAGUAGAUGAUGCCACAUGUUGCCACACAAAUAAUUCAUUAUCAGUAAAACAGGUUAAUAAAAAUUAUCAUACAUUACAUAGAUUUAUAAUAAUUACAAUUAUGAUUAUUUGUUGUUAGAAUUGUUAUUUGACAGCUUUGACAAGGAGCACAUUUAGGGUGAUUCACACAAAACCUGUCAAGAAAAUGUCCUGUUUUCUUCUUCUUUUUGACAUUAUUUUCAUGAUGGUUACACAAACUUUACCCUCCAACUAUUAUAACCUCAAUGUGAAAACAAAGAUGGUUUGUAUGAUAUAUUAUUUAAAUUGUUAAUAUUUAAACAUCAUAGGAGUACUUCCUUGGUACUGCCUUUUAUUUUCAUGAAUUUUAAUAAAAAUAAAUUACUACAGCAUGUUUUACAGUAAUGAGAAUCAUUAUGUAAAAUGUCUGGUAUGGUAAUGAGAAUUGGGGGUUUAAAUAUGCUUACAAAUUGUCCUGAAAAUAAUGUCUCAAUGUAAAAAAUCUUAAUGGUCCAAAAACAGUCUUCAUUUUCUUUGUGCAAGAUAAAUGUGACCAGGACAUUUUCAUUCAAAUUGUUAUGGAUAAGGUGUGUUAGUCUGUCUUUAGCAUUUCAACAUGUCAGCAUUUGAAUCUGAAGUAUUCAGAGCAUCACAAAAUAUGUAGUCAAUGUUUUUCACACAAUGUAAAAUUUUAAAAUGCUGGGUGUACAACUUAUGAAGCCAAUCAAAAUGUAUUCUUCAUUAAAUGGAUAA